GUCUUUUAUUUUGAUAAACGUAUUUCCGGUUUGAGUAUUACAUCCUGUGAAGGGAGAUGCAUUCAAGUGAAUAAAAUUUAACGAUGCGCUGAACAAAAUAUAGACAAAAGGUAUUUCUUGAGGUGUAAUGCCUACAGACAUUCAUGAUGGAGAGUGGAACAGGAGUCUAUUACCAAGCAAUGCCUGCAGUGGGACCCGAUGGGAAAAACGUCAUGAAGUUAAUUCCUGUCCAGAAAGUAAAUGGACAGUUUUAUCAAACACAAUUUAGUACUGAAAGAGACAGUGUUGAUGUACAACUGAAAGCCUAUGCAAAACCAGUUAAUCCAUCUGCUGCUGCUUCAAAUCAAACACAGAUCCAGCUUCCCUCUCUUCAGCCCUUAGCAGAUGGACGGUAUGUCCUAAAAUCCCUUCCGCAGGUCAGAACUGUGUCUAACGCUGUCAAAACUCAACAUGGUGGAACUACUGACCCCAUAAUUCACAUUCCAAAGCCUGUGCAUGCACCUCUUUUAACACAAUCGCUUUCCCAGUAUUCAGUCCAGUUACCUCCUCAGCCCAAUAAACAGGGCAUGGUGGCAGUCCAAGCGCUGCCUGUUACCGUUAAAUCACCUGUUCUCCCAAACGGUCAUUUCCUGCAGAUCCCUCCAAAUGCGAAAGUUAGGACUCUGCCAGCCACUGCACUCCCACAAUCCAUCAAAUGCAGGAUAAUGAACUCUGUGAGUAGUAACACCGCUAACCUCCAAAAGGGUCCACCAACGGUUGUGCUUGUUUCCCCUGUGAACUCUGUUAAGCUAAAUUCUGACCAGCAAGUCGUUUCAGUUACAAAGCCAAGUCAAAUACAGAAGACCUUGUUACAAAAUCCCCCUACAAACUUGCAAACACCUGUUUGCAUUCCUAAAACAAAUGAAGUGAACACUCCUUUAAAAUGGGUCGUCCAAGAGGGAACAGGUGCAUGCGCUCCUUGCCUUGUACCUGUAAUGACACCGAAUCUCAGCACUGACAUCAUAAAAGCAGUCAAGCAUGUCAACUCAGUUGGGACGGCAAAUGAAAUUGUGCCAAGCAAACCCACACCACCUCAGACCAGCCAAGAAAAGAUCACCCCAGGCAAAGACCAUGCCCUGGUCAUGUGCAAUGGGAAAGUCUACUUUGUGGCCAAGAAAAAUUCAGAGAUCGCCAAGGAUGUGAUGAUCAGCGAAGGUGGGAAAAGAGGGGUUGUCAGCACCUCUCCUGCCCUGCCUGCCAGCUCCGCUCUGGGGACAAACUCUUCUAAGCAAGACCCAAAAAGAAAUGUAAGUGAAAUUAUUGAUCUCUGUGAUGAUGAUGAGGAAACGUCCACGUGUCUGGGAGGUGCCCCGGGAAACUUGCCUACCCCGAGUCAAACUGAGGUGGAUGAGAGCGAUGAAGACUCUAAUGUAAUAUUUGUGUCAUACAUUCCACCCAAGUCAGAGACUCGUGCUGGUAAGAAAGUGGAGAAAGCUGCCUCUCGGAACAAAUCGGAGGAAGUUCAACACACACAGACAAACACAAAACCUGUCUCACAGAACGAAGGGGAAAAACCGGCACAUGCAGAAAUUGAAAAAGAUGGUGGUCCAAAUAAUCCUUCGGCCAAAAUGAGUGAUAAAAUGGAUGAGCAGAUCGAGGGAAAUGAAAGCGCUGAAAGCAACUUGAGCUGUCUUUCUGAAAAUGGGAACAUGGAGGCAGAUAAAGACUUGGAGAGGGUCCAAAGUCCACCUGAGACGAGAUGUCAAGAUGAUGCAGCUUUCGCUGAAACUGCCAGUGUUUUGGAAGCACCCCAGAAUGUCUGUGUUCAAGCCACUUAUGAUACUGAAAAAGCCUAUGAAAAUCCAGCCUCUGAUCAGAGGAGUCAACCCAAGACUGACAGUGAGCUAAGAAAAGAAUUUGGCAUCACCUCUGAUGUACAAAUUUGCUUGCAAAGACCAAAGCCGACUGUGAAGCCAGAUCGUCUGACAGAGAAACUUAUCAUAAACAAACGUACAUUAGAUGGCCUUCGUAAAGUGAUCCAGGAGUCAAAGUUGCAGUCAAAAAUACAGCAAAUGAUGCAGGUUCCCUAUACAAAAAUGGAGGAGGAUGAAGGCCUGGCAGUCAAAAGAAAAAAGCUGGAGCAGGAUGGGAGUCAAGAUAAUCCAAACAUUUCACCUGCUUCUAAAUGUUCAGUUGUUCCCACUGAAAGCAGUCUAGCUCAUCAAGAUGAGGUUUGUUCACCAACAGAAGCUACAGUUGAUAAAGUUCUUAUGCAAUCUGAAAUGCCAGCAGAUUGUACUGGCAACACGUGCUGUUUUAGUCCUUUAACUGAACAAAAUGCAAAAGAGACUUCUAGUCAUACCCUAUCACAUUCCUCUCAGAGGAAGACCUCACCACGCUCUAAAAAAGUUAAGGUGUGCACGGCCUGUCCUUGUGGGACUGUUUUGGGGGCUGCAGAAGCCACUUCAUCCCUCCAUUCACAAGACCGAGCGAAUCCAUGUACUGCUGAUGACUCACACAAAGGGACAAGAGAAAAAUGCCCAAGUAUAACCCCAGAAGAGAGUCGCCAACUUCAGAAUUGCCAACUAAAAAAUCAAGAUCCUGUUAAGAAAGCAGGGAAAAACCCAUCAAAAAAUCCACUUGAAAACAAAACUCUAUUAGAAGGCUGUACUAGUGAAACAUCACAUGACAUCUCACCUGAUAGUUCAGUGAAUAUUACAUCAGGUGCGGCAUCAGACAACCCCAGCAUCUCAUUCUCCAAUAAACAGCAUGGUCCCAAAACAGACACAUUUCCAACACAGUCACUGUACACAUUGGAGACGCUGGAUGCUGAGGAGAUAAAACGGCGUGAGAGAAUCGAACGUUUGAAGGAUCUCCUGAAGGAGAAGGAGGCUGCGCUGGAGCGGAUGCAGAGUAUGAACAUUUAGUCAUGUUUGUACGCUGCAUGAUAGACUGAAUAUGACUGGGAAAACCACCAAUACAUUUCCAAGAAAAAUGUACACAGUUCGUACACAAUGUUUAUUUACUAACUGUUUUACCUUUUUAAUGUUAAUAAUUAAUAAUGUCAUAUUUUUUUAUUCAGUCUUUGGCUUCCUAAGCAUUUUGUGGUGUUUGUCUUAUUUAUAGUUGUUUUUAGUACGUUUAAGCAGAUGCCAUUUUAUCAUUUUUUAUACCUUUGUAUGAUUUAUGUGCCUUUAUCAGGACUUUGUUUUCUGUAGUUCAAUUUGUGGUGUAACAGCCUUAUUUCAU